AUGAGUCUCAUAAGUGGUGAAAGCAGUAGGGUAAGGAUACUUGCAGCGCGUCAUAUUAGUACGGAUAAAACACUCCCCGAACUGAGCAAUGCGAUGAAUACCACCCUUCGUUGCCAUAACUUCAGCCUGCAGCCAGAUUUUAAUUCCUAUUUUGAAGCUCUCCAACCAUACGUUUGGGUGCUUUGGUCCAGUGGGAUAGUUGUUGUUCUAACAUUAUGGAUACUGUACGCGGUUACAAUGAGAGCAGCCCUAAAGAAUUGGCGGGAUGCGAGGACCAACAUUUCGACGAUUUUGUCAGUUUAUCCACUCGUAGCAUCUACGGCGCUUAUAGCCAUUGUUGUACCCCGAGCAACGCUUCUGGCUGAGGCUAUAGCGCAAGAGGUAGUGAUGAUAGCCAUGUACCAGUUCUACUGCCUCAUCGUAGCCGAAUGCGGUGGAACCAGUCAAUUUAUCAGACGUGCAGACGAAUCUCGAUUAGAAACAAGAGUGAUGCCGUGUUGCUGCUGGCCAUGUUGCAUUUUACCGAGACCGCGGAUUAAUAAGAGGAAUUUGACUCGUUUGCGCUACUUAGUGCUACAAAUACCUAUUGUUCAAGCAGUUCUUUAUGUAAUCAUACUGGUGCUGUGGGCAGAGGACAUGAUGCUGUAUCGUCGUGGUUUAAUUUUCAUUCAGUGUUUCGUUGCAGUAUCAAUAUUAUCGGGAAUUUGGGGAGUUGUAAUGUGUGUGCGUGCCGCAGAAGCGAUUGGCGUUAGAUUCCGGCCAAGAUUCUUGGCUUUGCAAUUAGUUCUUAUAAUAGUAAAACUGCAGUACAGCUUUGCUAAGAUACUAUCUGAUUUGGUGACGUUGCCUUGUAUUACGACUCUUAAUCCUAACGUCCUAGUUAACGUGACGCAAAACACUCUUACAAUAUUUGAAAUGAUCCUUCUAUCUAUUUGGGCCUGGCGUCUUUACGCUGUAUCACCAGAAAAGGUUGAAUACAAAGUAAAGAAGAUCGGUGUUACUGUUCUAGAAGAAGGUACCGGAGUACUGGACGUGAGAUCGUCGAAGGGUGGUACUGAUAACAAAUCCUUUAAUAAUUAA